UUUUCUUUUCUUUUUUUUUUUUUUUUAUCACAUGAAUAACUAAUGAAAUCCAUCCAUGAAACACACCCAUCCGAUUCUGCGGCUCUAAUUCCAGCGACUGGACCAGACUCUGCGACCGUCGCCAACUGAGACUUUGCACAUAACGAAACCUUUUUCUUUUCCCGCGAACACAGCAGCAACCGCAACAGCCACAGAAGCAGCAACCAACACCAAACCACGCACCUACCUACUCACCACGCACAAACCAAACCAAACUAAACCAAAUCAUGUCCUCUCCACCGCCCACGAACCCACUGAAGCGGCCCUCGAUCUCCUCGUCGGCCUCGCAGCCGGCGGCGGGCUUCAACCCCAAGCGGGCGCGCAUGCACCCGCUCCGGCAGACCUCGUUCCCGAGCACGAUGGACCCGGACGCGGUGGCGUCGUCGCGGGCCUACAGCGACGCCGGCAGCGUCACGGGCAGCUUCACGGGCAGCCUGGGCGGCACCAGCGCGGACGGGGUGUUCCUCACGGCCAAGGGCAAAAAGCGCGGGCGCAAGAGCAAGGCCGAGAAGGAGCGCGAGCUGCGUGCCGAGGAGGGGAGUCUACGGGCGGGAAUGAUGAUGGAUCGGAUGGGGUCUGUGGAUGCGGAGGGCGCGUCGGUGAGGGCCGGUGGUGGCGGAGGGGUGGCAGGGGGAGGUGGUGGUGCAGGAGGGGAUGAUGCCGAUGAGGAGGAUGAUUUUGAUGAUGAGGGGGAAUUAUUGGGUAGGGAGGAGGGGACGACGACGGAUACGGAGGCGGAGAAGAAGAAUCUUGCAUUACUCGUGGACGCGUUUAAUCCGCUGCAGUCGGAGCGAUACGAUCUGUUCAAGCGGGCGAAGCUACGAAAGGAGACGCUACGGAGAAUUGUCAAUCAUGCGCUCUCGCAAUCGGUGCCGGCUAGUGUGGUGACGACGAUUAACGGAUUUACCAAGGUGUUUGCGGGUGAGAUUAUCGAAAAGGCUCGAACGGUGCAGGCGGAAUGGGCCGAAGCUCAUGACCAGGCGGCCUUAGCUGCUGCUGCUGUGGCGGCGUCCAGUUCGACCGCGACGAACCAUUAUCCCGGAGUGGUCAAGCCACAGGGCAUGAUAGAUAGAGGCGGACCACUGCUGACGACGACUUCGGCCAAAAACGAAAUAAAGGCCAAAUUGCCUCCCAAUCCGCACCGGGGCCAGCUCCUCCCGGCCCAUUUGAGGGAAGCGCUUCGGCGGUAUAAGCGAGAUGGGGAAGGAGGUGGCGUUGGAUUCUCCGGAUUGAGUAUGGGCAAUCUGGGGGUUCGGGGGUCGGUGACUUGGGCUGCAGGUAGCGUCGGAGGACGGCGCAUCUUUCGCUGAUGAGCCGGCCAAGAGUCCAAGACUUUUAGGGACUGAAUCAUGAAGAGGAAUGGGUUUUGGUCGGGUGGGGGGGGGAGAGAAAGAGGGAAUGAGAGAGGGCGAGGGUACAAAGUGCCAAGAAAAAAGAGACCCAUCCAUCAUCCCUACCGUGGGUAACCCUGGGGGUCUGCCAGUGUCAAGUGAGUGAGUGUGAGUGAGUGAGUGUACGGUACUCUUCCCCGUUUAUUUUUUUUUUCUUUGCUUCUUCUUUUCUUUUCUUCUUUAUUCUCUAGGCUCCAGGCUUCGUUGGCCAUCUGCCAUCUGCCGAAGAAGCGAAGGAUGGUGACAGGUCGGCGAUGGCGAUGUUUUAGACUAAUAAAACGCACUUGUCUCCAUUAUAGUGAGAUGGGUUUCAAUGGAGGCUUGAUAGUCAUGGAUCAACGCAACGCAACGCAACGGCAAAAGAAAAAGAGGGGGGGAGAAGACACUUGUGGCUUAUCGGUCUAUAAU